GAACUGAAAUACCUAAAUAGUUUUCUACGUCGCAAGAGAGUAGUGAAUUAGUUGAGAGAAUGCAUGUAGCUAGUAUAGCGGAUUAACUACAGGAGGUGUGCAGGUCAAGGAGAAUCAAGUUUAUUUAUAAAUGCUAAAGACAAGAAAUAAUUUAAUUAUAAUUUUAAUCAAUUAAUAUAUAUAUAUUUAUACAUAUAUAUAACUGAAAGAUUUCACUGUUUGUUUUUUUCAAGAAGUACUGAAGAUUUCAAUUCUUUGAUACCUCUACAGGAGAAAAGGAAAAACUUGUUGACCUUCAACCCUACGGAUGACGCAGUCACAAAACGAAGAACCAGAGAAGAGGCUAGAAGGUGCAGAACCGCAGCCAUGUCAGUCUUCGGUCGAAGAAUGUCCUCAAGAAGAAGAAGAAGUAGUUCCUACACCCCGCAACUGGAAGAAGCUAUAUAUAGUAGUAUCCUUGGUUUAUGCAAAUUUUUGGAUGGCAGCUUCAGUUUCUCUGCAAGCUCCCUUUUUCCCUCGUGAGGCAGAGUUAAAAGGGGCUACGCCAACGCAGUAUGGCCUCGUUUUUGGUAUUUUUGAGCUGGUGGUUAUUAUUAUGUCUCCUAUAUAUGGAAAACUGAUUCCAACUGUUACGCCCAAGUUUCUUAUCACAGCUGGUGUGCUAGUCGGUGGAGCUGCUUGCUGCGUAUUUGGGGUCCUGGAUUAUGCCCCAGCUGGUACUAUAUACAUAUCUAUGGCCUUUGUGGUUCGAAUAUUUGAAGGCUUUGGCGCCGCAGCUUUAAUGACUGCUUCCUUCACGAUAAUCGCAGCUGCAUUUCCUGAGAGCGUCGCCACAAGUUUCUCUUUAAUGGAAACUGCAUUUGGCUUAGGCCUAAUUGUUGGUCCAACUAUUGGAGGAGCCCUUUAUCAGCUGGGAGGAUUUUUACUGCCUUUUGUUGUUAAUGGAGGCUUUCUUCUUGUUGGAUGUGUAUUAUUAGGUUGUCUGCUACCUACCAUAGAGGAUGCCAACAGACAAGAAGGACCCCGAAAUCUUCUUAAAUUCUUAUCUGAUGGAGGAAUUAUAUCUUUCACAUUUUCUAUUAUUUCAUCACUGCUGUUUAUCGGUUUUAACGCAGCAACACUUGAACCUCAUCUCAGACAAUUUAAUCUUAAACCUGUGGUCUUGGGAACCAUUUUUAUCAUCACUGGAGGCAUAUACGCUAUUACAACACCUAUUUGGGGAAGAGUAUGCGAUAAAGGAGGAAGCCCAUUAGUAGUCUGCAUUGUAGGCUAUAUUAUGACAUGCAUAGGCAUUCUUUUGAUUGGUCCAGUUCCAUUCAUCCCAUUUAGACCGACUCUAUGGUCUGUUAUUGGGAGCCUCGUAAUCAUUGGUUUGGGACUGUCUGCGAAACUGGUCUCUGCUUUUGUUGGAGCUCUUCAAAAUACCGUAAAAAGAGGUUUUCCAGAUAAUCUCGCAACAUAUGGAAUGGUGUCUGCCCUCUUCUCCACAGCGUGUUCAACAGGAGCCUUUAUUGGACCAUCUAUAGGAGGCUUUCUGCUAGACACAACAGGUUACAGAUUAGGAACUGUGGUUAUAUUUGCUAUAGAAGUAUUUUUCCUUGUGGUCUUAGCUGGUUAUGUAAUUAUUAGAAAAGUAAGAAGAGACAACCGUCGCAAAGAUGGCUGUGAACGUGAACCUCUUUUAAGUCGCUCGUAUUCUCGGAGAUCCUAUAGCUAUUCAUCGUUGUGAUGAACAAGGUUCAAAUAAGCCAUUCUAUUCCAGAUAGGAAACUUUGGAAAGUGUGUACAAAGGUAUGAUAUAGCAGAGAAAGAAGAUUUGAUUAGUAAUGGCGUGAAAUGAAUUUCAAGUGCCAUUAAGCAGUUCAAUUAAUUAGUUUAGUUCCGACAUAAGCAGCUCAGUAACGUCCGACGUUUACAGUAAUACAGUAUUUCCCGUCAGUUGACUGUCAAAGUUAUGGUGCUUUUUGAACAAAAAAAAAAAAAA